AUACCGUAUCCGGUGGAUCUUAUCAGGCAGGAGUUUUCGACCGAUCACGAGCUAGGAUCACACUGGAGCAACUAUGGUGAAGAUUUUCAUUGGGAACCUGUCUCAGCACACUGAGAAGGAGGACGUGGAAGCUCUCUUUACCAAAUAUGGCACUGUGACGGAAUGUGCAAAGUACAAAAACUAUGCCUUUGUCCACAUGGAUGACCGCAAGUCAGCCACCAAAGCCAUCCGUGAGCUCCAUCUCCAUAAGCUGGAUGGAAGGCCCAUCAACGUGGAGCCCAGCAGAGGGAAGAACCAGGGCCCUGUGAAGCUCCACAUAGCCAAUGUAGAAAAGGGCUUUGAUGAUGAGCUGCGAGCCAUGUUUGAAGAGUAUGGCACGGUGAAAGAGUGCGCCAUUGUCAAGAACUUUGCCUUUGUUCACAUGGAUAACUCUGAUGAGGCCAUGGAUGCCAUAAAGGGCCUGGAUAACACAGAGUUCCAAGGAAAGCGCAUACACGUUCAGAUAUCAAAAAGCAGACCCAAAGGUGGACCCGAGGAGGAGGACUAUCCACCUCCGCCGAGCAGAGGAGGCUAUUAUCCCCCUCCACGCUACCUGGGGGAGAGGCCCGAGCCUCCGUACAGAGAUCGCAUGUCCGCGUACGCCCCUCCACCUCUGCCCCCGCCUCCCCCUCCCCCAAGACGGGCAACUUAUCACGACCGCGGCUACGGCGAGCGAGACGACUACGCGAUGGUGGAUUACUACGAGAAAUAUAGAGCACGCCCCUACAGCCUGGGCGGAUACGAUGACAGGCGUUCCAGCGCCCCUCCUCCUCCGCCUCCUCCCUCGGCACUGGUAAGGGAACGUCUCAGUAUGGGGUCCCAUGACCCGUACGAGCGUCGUCCCCUCCCCCCUCCGUCCUACAUGUCCAGAGAUCGAAGCCCCAUCAGGCGGGCCCCCCCGCCGCCUCCUCCAUCAGCCGGUAAUGGGUACUCCUACGAGCGCUCCCGGCUCUCCCCGCUGUCCAGGGCUCCCAUGUACGCGCCUCAGAUGUACGCAGCUCACCGCCCUAGGGACCCCUACGCAGAGAGAGGGCCGCCGCCACCACCCCCCCCCCGAUAUGCAGGCUACUAGACACCCGGGGUGUCAUUCAAGGUUGUUAGACUAUGCAGGAGACGCCAGCUCAGGGUAAGUCCUCCUCUGAAGAUGAGCAGCAGCCAUUGCAAAGGUAGGUAAUGUUUCAUCUAUAUUUCAAAACACCACUAAUGCAAUAAAUGUGGUUUUGCAUUUAUACUGCAAUGUUUUCAUGCUGUAAGACACUGUCUCUCAAAUGGGUGUACGUGGAGUUCGCAUAGGGUGUACAAGAUUCUUUAAAAUAUUCAUUAAAAAAAAUUAAUAAUAUAAUAAAUGUAAUUAUUAUAAUUUGAUAAUGAUCAUUGACGUUAAAACAAAUGUAAAUGAACUUCUUUAAUUUUAUAUAUUUCCCUUUUGAACGCAAUUGGUAACUGCUGUAAGCCGUCAAGUCCUUAAACAAAAAAAAAUCCUUUUAGGAAGUAAUUUUAAAAUAUUUCAAAUGUAGCAUUCCAUUUUUUGUAUAGUAAAGCUGACACUGAUGUCGCAGUACUUUCUUGUACCUUUUUUAAGUAGGCUUUUUCUGCGAAGGUAGAAUGCAUUGCACUUGAUGAAUUGGCUGAAACAAGAUUUAAAGAGGUUUGAUAAACUAGAAUAAGUUAGACUUUUUAAAAGAAUGUCAAAUCUGGAAAACAUUGUAUUGUAAGAAAUUAGUUUUGCUUCUUACCAAAGUCUUUAAGUCACCGAAACACAUUUUUUCUUACAUUGUUGUUACAUCACCCUGUGUAUGAGGUAAUGAAUCACUGACCUUGUGUCUGUCUGUAGGCCUGUUCCUGCUCUGUGUGUCGGACAGCAGUUUUGCGUCUGGAGCUGGUAAAAGAUGAGAUCACACAGCCCUGAAGGCAAAGGUAAAGCAGUCUGAGUUCCUUAUGAAUUUGAAAACAAGACGUGUCUAGUUUGAGAUCUCGAGUAAAGUGUCUGUUUUUUCCAGGAGGGGGUUUUAAAACUCCAGGGAUAGUUCGGUCCAUAUGUUGGUGAGCUGUAGGGAUUUUCCAGUCCUUGGGAAAACCUGCUUGGGAACUUCUUUGGCCCCUGCAGUUCAUGACACCAAAACACAAGUUUGAUGGAAAAUUCAAAUCAAUCCUAUUUUCUUAUUAAGGCAAGAACUCUCAAAGUUGACGAAGAGCUAAUCUGUCCCAUAUACAGUACUCCUCUAACCAGCCCUUUUGACCUAGGUUUUAAAUUGUGACACUGUCCAAAUGCCCUGAAAUGUUCACUUGAAACCAUUGCAUGGCCUUAAACACAACUUUUUUAUUACUCUUUUCUUCAUAUUCAUGUAUUUUCUGGUUAUUUAUUAACAUGUUUUCUUUCCAGUAUGAGAAGUUUACAUGUGUAAAUAAAAACUUUUCUCCCAA